AUGGAUGAAUAUAACUCAACUCUAUUCAAAAUUGUCUCCAAGAUGAGACUUUGUGGUGAGACUGUAAUAGAGAAGGAUUUGUUGGAAAUGACUUUCUCCACAUUCCAUUCUAGCAACGUGUUGCUGCAACAACAAUACAGAAAGAAAGGUUUCACCACGUAUACUGAUCUGAUCUCAUGCCUAUUAUUAAUUGAGGCUAAUAAUGAGUUGCUCAUGAGGAACAGUGAGAUGAGACCUCCUGGAUCAACUCCAUUACCUGAAGCCAAUAAGGCUGUAGAGGAAAAGAAAGAACCCACCAAAGAAAGUAACCACGUCCAUCAUGAUAAACCACACAGCUAUGGAAAUGGCUAUGGUAGAGGAGGCCAUGGUGGAUGGAGAGGAUGUGGUGGGCGUGGCAAUUAUAGCUCACACAGCCGUGGGAAAGGGAACCACUAUAACCGUGGUAGUGGUCCCAGCUAUGGCCGGUCCCAGCUAUGGCCGUGGUCGAGGCAUAAGCAGUGGUGUGGAAUGGAUAACCAUUGGGCAAAGAAUUGUAGGACUCCCAGACAUCUUUGUGACCUCAAUCAAGAGAGCCAGAAAGAGAAGAAUCCAGAAGCCCAUUUGGUCCACCAUGAUGGGAAAAACGAUUUUGAUCAUGACCAGGAUGACCUUAUGGAUUAUGAGACUUCAGAUUGCCUAAGAGAAUGA